AUGGCCAGGAGACCGAUCGCGACUUGGGUCGAUGACCUUGGUCCUCCAGUUGUCUUGCCAGACCCAAUUGUGGUGCAUGUGAGCCCGGCGGAUGUGGCUUCGCCGUGGGUUUGUCAGAUUUGCAGCGAGCGUGGCAUCCCGCCCAGCCUUGCAAGUUGCCCAACUUGCAAGCGAAGCCGUGGCACGGAACUCCGACGGUCUUACAUGACAGCCACAGAAUUGACAGAGUCGGUGGUCUCUGCAGUGAACGAGGGCCGCAAGCAAAGUGCCGGAAACAGUUUCAAAGCACGCCGUGGCACUAGCCCUGUGCGAGACGGUUUGAGUGGGCGAGGCCGAGCUGGGCUCACAGAAGGCCAGGCUCAAGUGAGUCAGGCUGAGGCAGGGGCGGCUCGAGGUCGAGGUGGGCGCGUCACCUUCUGUCAGGAUGGCCUCAACGCUAGAAGCGGCGGUAGCAAUGGCAGCAACAGACAUUCUUUUGGUGCUUCUGCCCGUGUGGAUGCACCGCCCCGAGCUCUUCGGCCGCUCAUCGCCGCCCUCCCAGAAGCUUCCGGGCGACAUGCGUGCCGUCAUCCAGGUUUGACAUACAGCGAACCUCCGGCGCCCUGUGCAACUUGCGCAACGGAGCAGCCAAGCCUUCGGGGCUCUGGGCCAGGUCUUCCUGGCCCCCCACUUUCACACGGAGGUGCUUUGACUUCCACGGCUCCAGCAACCUUUUCGAGGAGCAGUGGUGUUUCCGCAUGCAUUGCAGGUGCUCAGCAUGCAAAGUCUCCGGCAUCGCAGCCUCAGAAGCCCGACAAGCCGAAGACGAAGACAGGUUUUGAAGAAUUCGCAAUGCCGGCAGCCCCACUCAGAGAAUCAGCCUCUGCUCCUUCUAUCCGUGCCGAAAUCCUGCAGACUCGGGCAAAGAAGCAAGAGAAGCGGGAGAUGCCAGAUGUUGACAUGGACAUCCAAAGCGUGCUUGAGGCACAGAAGCGACGUAUCGAGGGCUUGAAGAACAGGCUUAACAUGACCAUCGCUUAG